AGCGGACAGGGGGGAAAGAGAGGGUGGAGUGUGUGAACACUUAUUUAGUUUCUCCCCAAACGUCGACGACUGCUUUAUUGUGUUGGCAGGAGACGAACGGAGAGCGGGACUGGAGCUGAAAGUUGGCUGCAGACGCUCCGGCGCAGACGACCCCUCCAUGCCCGAGCCCGGAGCUGCUCCGCGGCGGAGCCCGCAGGGACUCCCCUACACCGAGCUGCAGCACAUCGUCAACGCCGACGGACAGCACCUGUUCUGCCGCUACUGGGAGCCGGCAGGCCCGCCAAGGGCUCUGGUGUUUAUUGCUCAUGGAGCUGGGGAGCACAGUGGUCCAUACAAUGAGAUAGCACAGAGACUGAAGGAUCUGUCCCUGCUGGUAUUUGCACAUGAUCAUGUUGGUCAUGGUCAGAGUGAAGGAGAGAGGAUGGUCAUCAAGGAGUUUCAAGUUUACAUCAGGGAUUCCCUGCAGCACAUCGACCUCAUGAAGUCCCGCCACCCUGACCUUCCCGUCUUCAUUGUGGGACACUCCAUGGGUGGUGCCAUCUCAAUCCUGGCAGCCUGCGAGAGACCCAGUGAUUUUGGGGGAGUGGUUCUGAUAGCUCCAAUGGUCCAGAUGAACCCAGACUCAGCAACGCCAUUCAAGAUUUUUGUGGCGAAGGUCUUGAACCACGUGCUGCCCAGCCUGACCCUGGGCUCCAUCGAAUCCAAAUGGAUCUCGCGGGACAAGAAGCAGGUGGAGGCAUACGACGCUGACAAGCUGAACUACCACGGCGGGUUACGGGUGUCAUUCGGCAUGCAGUUGAUGGCGGCAGCAGAACGAAUCGAGAGGGAGAUCCCAUCCAUCAGCUGGCCCUUCCUGCUCCUUCACGGCGACACUGACAAGAUCUGUGACAUCCGCGGCUCCGUUAUGAUGCAUGAGAACGUUGCAAGUACUGACAAGAAAUUUAAGAUCUAUGACGGAGGCUACCAUGCGCUCCACCACGACCUCCCUGAGGUUGCUGAGUCUGUGCUGAAGGAUGUGACCAGCUGGAUCACAGAACGACUGCCGGCUGCAACCACGCGGCACCAGCAAGGCUUGUAGAUUCUUAACUCGUAGAGCUCAGUCAGCGCUCCAAGGAAACUCACAACCUUGUGCCGCCAGGCCUGCAUAACUUCCUG